GUUCUACAAUUCCCACACACCACACAAAUCCUGUGUUCACUUCAAACACUCCCACCUCACAAACUCCCAAAACCACCACCCUUUUCCUUUCACCUUUCCCCUGCUCCUAAUGCAUGGAAAGCCCUUUGAGGCAUUUCACCGAACACCUUACAUGCACCGUAUAGUUAACUAGGCACCGUUCAACAUACUACGGUGUUUGCGCCACCCCCUGUAGCCAAAUUGAUCUCUUUCGCAUGGCCAAGUUCACAGUGCAACGGGGUUUUGGGCUUCCACUUAAUGGGGAGAGAGCUCACUUUGGGUGUGAUCUAAGAGACCCAUUUAGGUCUAGGGUUUGUGGGGGGAGUAGGUUUUUGGAGAAGAGCCCUGCUGGGUUUCAUAGAGGCAGUAAAAUUUGGUCGCCUGAGCAUUGGAGAGCUUGGUCUAUGGGGAGGAAACCCCAUGGAUCUAAAGCUGAGGAAUGUGUUAAUGGUUGCGGAGAUGGUGGUGAUGAGGAAGACGAGGAUGAUGAGGAGUUUGUCGAAGAUGAGUUGGCCUGUUUCAGAGGAUUGGUCUUGGAUAUCUCUUAUAGGCCUGUCAAUGUUGUCUGUUGGAGGCGCGCAAUUUGUCUGGAAUUUAUGGAGAAGGCUGAUGUUUUGGAGUAUUACGACCAGACAGUAUCAUCGCCUCGAGGAUCCUUCUACAUUCCAGCAGUAUUGAGGGUCCCACAUUUGCUCCAAGUUGUUAAAAGAAGAAGAGUCAAGCAUUGUCUUAGCCGUAAAAGCAUUUUCUAUAGGGAUUCUUACACUUGUCAGUAUUGCUCUUCUCGUGAAAACUUGACUAUUGACCAUGUUAUACCGACAUCACGGGGCGGCGAAUGGACUUGGGAAAAUCUGGUGACAGCUUGUGCGAGAUGCAACUCGAGGAAGGGCCAGAAAACUCCAGAGGAAGCGAACAUAAGGCUAAUCAAGAUCCCGAAAGCGCCUAAAGACUACGACAUACUCGCCAUACCCUUGACAUCAUCAGCUGUGAAGAUGCUGAAGAUGAGAAAGGGAGUUCCUGAAGAGUGGCUUCAGUACCUUUCGUAGCCGACUCCGUGAUCAUGCCAAAUGUGAACUGUUGCUGAACCUGCAUAUAACCAAUUCCGUGAUCGUAAUAAUAGGUUUAAUCUACAAUAGUUGCUCACUGUGUUGUACAGUUCAUUGUUAGCUUACCUGUGAUCAUCAGUUCAUAAAAUAAUCAUCGCGCUGCAAGCUGUAAAAUACAAGAAUAUAAGCCUUACAUUCUGGCUACAUUCUUUCUUAAUGAACUAGAAAAAUAAAUAUUUAUAUAGAAUUAAACUGCUUGUCGCCAACGACGGUGAUCCUUCGCGCUUUAUUUA